AUGGGUAAACAAUUCAGCAGUCCAAACCCAAUGAUUGCUUUUGUGUUGUUAUCUGCAGAAUUUAAUGGGGUUGGAGAUGCGUAUGCAAGCUAUAUCGCAUAUACAAAGGUUAUUGAUUUUGCGGUGCGAAAGGGAGAUUAUAUUAAAGAUGAGGAGGAAAAUAUUGUCAGGAAGUUUUUCUACUGCAAUCGGCAAGGGCUGCGUGAAAAGAAGUACUACGAGAGAGUUGACAGAAAAAGGCCUCAUAAACCAGAGACGAGAACGAAUUGCAAUGCCAAGCUUGUGGUGUUUCCGGACAAAAGUUGUGGAAAGUGGCAGAUGAAAACAUUGGUCAAGGAUCAUAAUCACGACUUGGCGCCCCAAGAGUGCACUAAUGUAAUGGCUCCACAUGAGAAGAUCACAGAAGGGCACAAAGCGCAUAUACAUUGCAUGCAUGAAGCCGGGUUCCAGACAACUCAAAUAAUGGGCUUUUUUGCCCACAUGUGUGGUGGAUAUCACAAUCUUAACUUUAUAAGUAAGGACUUUUAUAAUUAUAUGGAUGGAGUUAGGCAAUCCAGGAUCGUGGAGGGAGAUGCAGCCGCAACAAUAAGCUACUUGAAGGGCAAGACUGAGUUGGAUCCGAUGGCAGUUGUGCAGUACUUUUAUUGCACUGAAAAGCACCUUGGGUACCUAUUUUGGUUAGAUGGUCACAUGUAG